AUGGGGUUGAUUCUGAGGAACACCACCGCAACCAUCGCCGAAAGCCUCAGAACCGUGGAAGGCCAGCUGGUGCGCGUGGAGGUCCUCGUCCUCCUCAGCAACCUCCUACUAGUCCUCCUCGUGGUCCUGAGCCCCUAUCGCCACCGGCGCGGCGACAAGUCCUUCCGCUUCCUCGUCUGGGCCAUCUACACGCUGUCCACCGUCCUCGUCCCGUACACCAUCGGGCUGCUGGAGGCCGGCCCGUUCCACGACCAGACCUUCGUCCUGUGGAGCGCCGUCCUCCUGGUCCAGUCAGGCGCCGACUCCCUCUCCGCCUACAACCUGCGCGACGUCGAGCAAUGGAAGCGGAAGCUGCUGCAGCAGGGGCUGCAGAUUCUGCUGGUGCUGUGGCUGAUGGUCAGCUGCAAGGGCCACAACAAGAGCUACAGCGCCACGAUCUGGGUGUUCUGGAUCCUGAGCAUCGCGAAGAGCUACGCCAGGUUCCAGGCCUUGAGGGAGGCAAGCAAGACUGAAGGAUUGAUGAAGCACACCAAAGUGGUUGCCGAUUACAUGAUGACCGAGCACGAGUCAGCUCAGGUCUUCGACGCCACCACCAUGGAAGGAUACAGGUACAUAUUCCACGGCGAAGAGCUCACGCUCCCGUACUUCUCCAAGCCUGACUACAGGACGGCCAUCGCCGCGUGCGCGUUCACCACCGUCGACACGGUCUGGCAGUGGAUCGACAGCCAGAGCGUGAGCGUCUUCAGCAGGGAGCAUGGCGGCAUCCUGAAGGACAUCGCCCUGUCGUUCACGCUCUUCAAGCUGCUCAAGCGGAGGUUCUGCAAGUACGAGCACGGGGAGGCCGGCCGGCCCAAAACGCUGCGGCUCGUCGUGUCGGGGCUCCUCCGCGAAGAGGCUAGCUACAUCCGUGCUUUCAGGGUGAUCGAGAUGGAGCUGGCGUUCCUGUACGAUUUCUUCUACACAAGGCACCAGUCACACACUCAAUAUGUAGGAGUGACUGCAGUCUUCGUGCUCCCAGUGAUUGUUGCGAAUGCCGUUUCUGGAGCUUUCAGCAGGCACUACCACCGCACCAGUUUGGAGCAGACGGUGAAUGGGAUAGAUGUCGUUCACUGCAUUACCAUUGUGCUCAUGGUGAUUGUUGUUGCUGUGUUCAUCGUGGAAUCGCGCAUCAACGAUCAAAAGUGGCGGGUGGUCGACGAUCUCCACACGUUAACGGGUGCGAGCAGAAUCACCAUUAACGGGGUAGUCAUUCCGUUCGAUGAUGGCAGCAGAAAGCAGGCGUUGAAUUGGGUCAAGAAAAGAAAACAUAAGAAGCUGACGAGCAGGAACUGGGACAGGAAGCUGGGGCAGUACUCGCUAUUGCACAAAUUCGACUACCACCCGAGGAACAUAGCGUGGAUCCUGUCACUGGGCUUGAUCGAGCCAACCAGGGAAGGGCAGAAGGCUUCGGAGAAGAUCAAACUGCCCGAGGAAGUCGUAAUGCGCGUCCUGUCUCGGUUCAAGGAGAACGACGGCCACCUCGCCGACGGGCAAUCGGCGCUCGCCGGAAACGAUGCGAGGGGACUCUCGUGGGCGUGCGACCUGCCCACACACAUCCACACGAUUCUAGUGUGGCACAUCGGGACGACCAUCUGCGAGAUCACGACGCCGCCGCAGGAGCCGCUCACCGGCGACCGUCUAGUCGCCAAGAGCCUGUCGAACUACUGCGCCUACCUGCUGGCGUUCGUACCGGACAUGCUGCCGGGCCACAGCUACGACACGCGGCGGAUCUUCGACGCGGUGGUCAUGGAGGCCCGGGAGUACCUCGCCGGGUGUGACAGCAUGAGAGGCAGGUGCGUGAAGCUGCUGGAGCUGCAUUGCAGCGAGUUGACCAUCUUGGGGAUGGGAGCCAAGCUCGGGAGUGAGCUCAGGCGCAGAGUCUACAACAGGGCGCGGCGGUGGAAGUUGCUGGCCGACUUCUGGGCGGAGUUCGUUCUGUUUCUCGCGCCGUCGAGCAACGCCGACGUCCAUGCGGAGACGCUUGCGGCCGGCGGGGAGUUCAUGACCCAUCUGUGGGCGCUGCUCAUCCAUGCCGGCAUCCUAGAGCACCCCUGUUCCUCCUCUGCAACCAAUAAUGCUGGAGGAUAUAAUAAUGCCACUACACAAGAUUCUGUCGUCUGA